AAAAAAACCACUCAACGAGGCUCAGAUUUAAGAGAGAACUGAAAAAACCCCUCUCUCUCUCUUUUACUUCCCGAUCUACCUCUCUCUCUCUCUCUCUCUAAAACUUUCUCUGUGAAAAAUUUCUCUCUUUCUCUCUCUCUCUAUAUAUGAACCUAUACAUAUAUGUGUAUAAGCGAAUCCGGUAGUGUCGGUGAUUGUGGAUGCGAUAGUAGCUCCGUUUGAUCAUUUUCUAUACUGAUCAGAUCUGUGGGUUUUUUUUGAUGCGAUUUGGUUGUGGACAGUGAUUGAAAUUGAGUCACGGUGAUUGGAGAAGAUGUUGACCAAGUUCGAGACGAAGAGUAAUAGAGUGAAGGGACUGAGUUUCCACAGUAAGAGGCCGUGGAUCCUUGCCAGUCUUCACAGUGGUGUGAUCCAGCUAUGGGACUACCGGAUGGGGACUCUGAUUGAUAGGUUUGACGAGCAUGAUGGACCGGUUCGUGGUGUUCAUUUCCACAAAUCUCAGCCACUAUUCGUAUCUGGAGGGGAUGAUUACAAGAUUAAAGUUUGGAACUACAAGUUGCACAGAUGCCUUUUCACUCUUCUUGGACACCUGGAUUAUAUCCGUACGGUGCAGUUUCACCAUGAGUACCCAUGGAUUGUGAGUGCUAGUGAUGAUCAGACCAUUCGCAUAUGGAAUUGGCAGUCACGCACUUGUAUAUCUGUGUUGACGGGACACAAUCACUAUGUUAUGUGUGCAUCAUUCCACCCCAAAGAAGACCUAGUGGUGUCAGCCUCCCUAGAUCAGACUGUUCGUGUUUGGGAUAUUGGUGCUCUCAGAAAGAAGACAGUUUCCCCUGCAGAUGACAUCUUGCGGCUGAGUCAGAUGAACAGUGAUCUUUUUGGUGGUGUUGAUGCUGUUGUUAAGUAUGUCUUGGAAGGUCAUGACCGUGGGGUGAACUGGGCUGCAUUUCAUCCCAGUCUGCCUCUGAUUGUCUCAGGAGCUGAUGAUCGCCAAGUCAAAUUAUGGCGAAUGAAUGAUACAAAGGCUUGGGAAGUGGACACAUUGAGAGGGCACAUGAAUAAUGUUUCAUGUGUCAUGUUCCAUGCCAAACAGGACAUAAUUGUAUCCAACUCAGAGGAUAGAAGUAUACGUGUGUGGGAUGUAACAAAGAGAACUGGAGUUCAAACUUUCCGUCGUGAGCAUGAUCGAUUCUGGAUUCUUGCAUCUCACCCUGAGAUGAAUCUAUUGGCAGCUGGUCAUGACAGCGGUAUGAUUGUCUUCAAGUUGGAGAGAGAACGGCCUGCCUUUGCAGUAAGUGGUGAUUCUCUAUUCUAUACCAAAGAUCGCUUUUUGCGAUUCUAUGAGUUUUCAGCUCAAAAGGAUACACAAGUAAUGCCAAUUCGACGGCCUGGUUCCACUAGCUUGAAUCAGAGUCCAAGGACUCUUUCCUAUAGUCCCACUGAAAAUGCUGUUCUAAUCUGCUCGGAUGUUGAUGGGGGAUCUUAUGAGUUGUAUUUCAUACCCAAAGAUAGCAUUGGUAGGGGUGAUAGUCUGCAAGAAGCAAAGAGAGGUCCUGGGGGAUCAGCUGUCUUUGUGGCCCGGAAUAGGUUCGCUGUGCUUGAGAAGAGCAACAAUCAAGUCUUGGUGAAGAAUCUGAAAAAUGAGAUUGUUAAAAAGAGUGCCCUUCCUAUAGCUGCAGAUGCAAUCUUUUAUGCUGGAACAGGUAACUUGCUUUGUAGGGCCGAGGAUAGGGUGGUUAUUUUUGAUCUCCAGCAGAGGCUUGUUCUUGGUGAACUUCAAACCCCUUUUGUCAAAUAUGUUGUUUGGUCUCAUGACAUGGAGAAUGUUGCUUUACUCAGCAAGCAUGCCAUUAUCAUUGCUAGCAAGAAGCUUGUUCACCAGUGCACUCUUCAUGAGACAAUCCGUGUAAAGAGUGGUGCCUGGGAUGAUAAUGGUGUUUUUAUUUAUACGACUCUAAAUCACAUUAAGUACUGCCUCCCAAAUGGAGAUAGUGGGAUAAUCAGAACUCUUGAUGUCCCAAUAUACAUUACAAAGGUAUCUGGCAAUACUAUCUUUUGCUUGGAUCGUGAUGGAAAAAACAGGUCUAUAGUUAUUGAUGCGACAGAAUAUAUUUUCAAGCUGUCCCUUUUGAAGAAGAGAUAUGACCAUGUUAUGAGCAUGAUAAGGAACUCACAGCUUUGUGGGGAGGCUGUGAUUGCUUAUCUUCAACAGAAGGGCUUCCCAGAUGUUGCUCUCCAUUUUGUGAAAGAUGAGAGAACUAGAUUCAAUUUGGCUAUAGAAAGUGGGAAUAUCCAAAUUGCAGUUGCAUCAGCUACAGCAAUCGAUGAGAAAGACUACUGGUAUAGACUGGGGGUGGAGGCUCUUCGCCAGGGUAAUGCAGGUAUUGUGGAAUAUGCCUACCAGAGGACCAAAAAUUUUGAGAGGCUGUCUUUUCUUUAUCUAAUAACUGGUAAUAUUGAAAAGCUGUCCAAGAUGAUGAAAAUUGCUGAAGUCAAGAAUGAUGUCAUGGGUCAGUUUCAUAAUGCUCUAUAUCUGGGUGAUGUCAGAGAACGUGUUAAGAUCUUGGAAAAUGUUGGCCACUUGCCACUUGCUUACAUUACAGCUUCAACCCAUGGGCUACAGGACGUUGCUGAACGUCUAGCAGCUGAGUUGGGAGAUAAUGUUCCCUCUUUGCCAGAGGGGAAAACAGCCUCCCUUCUGAUGCCCCGAGCUCCGGUUAUGUGUAGUGGUGAUUGGCCCCUUCUGAGAGUUAUGAAAGGAAUAUUUGAAGGAGGGCUGGAUAAUAUUGGCAGGGGAGCUGCAGAUGAAGAGGAUGAGGCUGCUGAUGGUGAUUGGGGUGAGGAGCUGGACAUGGUUGAUGUUGAUGGCUUGCAGAAUGGGGAUGUUACAACAAUUCUGGAAGAUGGCGAAGAGGCUGCAGAGAAUGAGGAAGAAGCGGGAUGGGAACUUGAAGAUUUGGAGCUCCCCCCUGAAGCAGACACUCCAAGGGCAUCUGUCAAUGCUCGCUCUUCAGUUUUUGUGGCCCCAACUCCUGGCAUGCCUGUAAGCCAAAUUUGGGUCCAGAGGUCAUCACUUGCUGCUGAACAUGCAGCUGCUGGAAAUUUUGAUACUGCAAUGCGAUUACUGAGCAGGCAACUUGGAAUUAAAAACUUUGCUCCAUUGAGACCCAUGUUUCUUGAUCUUCACACUGGCAGUCAUAGCUAUUUACGUGCAUUUUCAUCUGCUCCAGUGAUAUCAUUGGCGGUUGAACGAGGAUGGAAUGAGUCUGCUAGCCCAAAUGUUAGGGGUCCACCAGCACUAGUGUUCAAUUUUUCUCAGUUGGAGGAGAAGCUUAAGGCAGGUUACAAGGCCACAACGACUGGAAAAUUCACAGAGGCGCUUCGACUUUUUAUUAGCAUUCUCCAUACCAUUCCUCUUAUAGUUGUUGAGUCAAGGAGGGAAGUUGAUGAAGUCAAGGAGUUGAUCAUUAUAGUGAAAGAGUAUGUUUUGGGUUUGCAAAUUGAGCUUAAGAGGAGGGAAGUCAAGGAUGAUCCAGUACGUCAACAAGAGCUUGCAGCCUAUUUCACUCACUGCAACCUUCAAAUGCCUCACUUAAGGCUUGCUUUGCAAAAUGCAAUGACCGUUUGCUUCAAGGCAAAGAACCUUGCCACUGCAGCUAACUUUGCCAGGCGGCUUCUAGAGACCAACCCCACCCUAGAGAGCCAAGCAAGGACAGCCAGGCAAGUGCUGCAGGCUGCGGAGAGGAAUAUGACAGAUUCUGCCCAGUUGAACUAUGAUUUCAGAAACCCAUUUGUGACUUGUGGCGCAACAUAUGUGCCAAUUUACCGAGGACAGAAGGAUGUCUCUUGCCCAUACUGUAGUUCCCGGUUUGUGCCAAGUCAGGAAGGGCAGCUCUGUACUGUUUGUGAUCUUGCAGUGGUUGGUGCAGAUGCUUCGGGGUUGCUCUGUUCUCCUUCCCAGAUACGAUGAUCAAGCAGCUAGACCAGGAGCAUUUUUUUGAUCUUUUUUCCGCAUCCUUUUGGCAGCAGAAGCAACCAUGUUGUUUGAUUCACAUCUGUAGGUAAAGUUCAUGUCUAAAGCUGAAUUAGUUUUCCACCAAGGCAUGGGAUCAUGCUUCUGCUGCCUAAAAGUAAAAGUAAAGUUUGGAGAAUGAAAUAAAUUCAUCCUUAUGUUAUCUUUGAGAGUUAUAUCCUAGGUCUUCUAUUUCUGGUUUUGUUUUCUUUAAUUUUAGAGAUAGUGGAACGAUUGUAAUAUUAUUUGUAAGCAACAGAUGAUUUUUAUAAGAAGAAUGGCAUGUCUUUUCUCUCA